AGACGGGGAGGGGACAAACGCGGUCCUCCCGGCCCGCCAGGCCUUCUCAGCGCAGCCAGUGCAAAGCGGCCACCGCUCCCCAGCCGUGCGUCUAGCCCUGCAGGCAGCUCCGGCACGCGAGCGCGCGGGACUCCAAGCUGCCUUAAGUCUCCCGGCUUCCUGCAAGAGCCUAGCGUGUACCCGGGAGGACUUCGGUGGCCGUCGACUGCAGCUGAGCGGCGGCUCCGCGUUGGAUCGGGGCCGGUCCCGAGUCGCCCACGCGGCCUCCCUGCCCGCCCGGGACCCGCGCGGCGCUCGCCGGGCACGGUCCCCUCCCCCCAGGUGGGGGUGGGGCGCCGCCGGCCGCCCCGUUCCGCAGCUUUGUCAUUGAUCCCAAGGUGCUCGCCUCGCUGCCGACCUGGCUUCCAGACUGGCUCGGCGGGACUUGGAGUCCUCGCCUGCGUCCUGCCCCCCAAACUGACAGGUGCUCCCUACGAGUCGCCACGACUCAUCGCCGCUCCCCCGCGUCCCCCCCCCCUCUUUCCUCCCUCGCCUCCCCCCACCCCCGGCACUUCGGCACAGCUCAGGAUUUGUUUAAACCUUGGGAAACUGGUUCAGGUCCAGGUUUUGCUUUGAUCCUUUUCAAAAACUGGAGACACAGAAGAGGGCUCUAGGAAAAAGUUUUGGAUGGGAUUAUGUGGAAACUACCCUGCGAUUCUCCGCUGCCAGAGCCGGCCAGGCGCUUCCACCGCAGCGCAGCCUUCCCCAGGCUGGGCUGAGCCUCGGAGUCGCCGCUUCCCUAGUGCCCGCCGCGAGUGAGCCCUCGCCCCAGUCAGCCAAAUGCUCCUCCUCGGCCUCCUCCUGCUGACAUCUGCCCUGGCCGGCCAGAGAACCGGGACUCGGGCUGAGUCCAACCUGAGCAGCAAGUUGCAGCUCUCCAGCGACAAGGAGCAGAACGGAGUGCAAGAUCCCCAGCAUGAGAGAGUUGUUACUGUCUCUGAUAAUGGGACCAUCCACAGCCCGAAGUUUCCACACACUUACCCAAGAAAUACAGUGCUGGUGUGGAGAUUAGUUGCAGCUGAUGAAAACAUGCGGAUCCAGCUGACGUUUGAUGAGAGAUUUGGGCUGGAAGACCCUGAAGAGGAUAUAUGCAAGUAUGAUUUUGUAGAAGUUGAGGAGCCCAGUGAUGGAAGUAUUUUAGGAUGCUGGUGUGGUUCUGGGACUGUGCCAGGAAAGCAGACUUCUAAAGGAAAUCAAAUCAGGAUAAGAUUCGUAUCCGAUGAAUAUUUUCCAUCUGAACCUGGAUUCUGCAUCCACUACAGUAUUGUCAUGCCACAAGUCCCCGAAACCACAAGUCCUUCAGUGUUGCCCCCUUCAGCAUUGUCUCUGGACCUGCUCAAUAAUGCCGUGACUGCCUUCAGUACCUUGGAAGAGCUGAUUCGGUAUCUAGAGCCCGACCGAUGGCAGAUGGACUUGGACAGCCUGUACAAACCAGCAUGGCAGAUUGUGGGCAAAGCGUUUCUUUAUGGAAAAAAAAACAAAGUGGUGAACCUGAACCUUCUCAAAGAGGAGGUACGACUCUACAGCUGCACGCCUCGGAACUUCUCAGUGUCCAUUCGGGAAGAGCUAAAGAGGACAGAUACCAUUUUCUGGCCAGGUUGCCUACUGGUUAAGCGCUGUGGAGGAAAUUGUGCCUGUUGCAUCCAUAAUUGCAAUGAAUGUCAGUGUGUCCCACGUAAAGUUACAAAAAAGUACCACGAGGUCCUUCAGUUGAGACCGAAACUUGGAGUCAAAGGAUUGCAUAAGUCACUCACUGAUGUUGCCCUGGAACACCAUGAGGAAUGUGACUGUGUGUGUAAAGGAAACACAGGAGGGUAAACUGCAUCCUCCACAGCAGCCCACAUCCCCACUGGCAUCCUGAAUCCCCCACUAGAUUCCCACAUCCUCACCAGCAUCUGCCACAGGGCUGUCAGAUGCUGCCAUUGGCUGUGGUAAAGAUCUUACUCAUUGUCUCCAUCCAAAAAUCUCAGUUGUUUGCUUCAACAGUCUUCCACUUGCAGGAUUUUAAAGUGUUCUGAAAGAAGAGACACCAGAAGGAGUCAGGAGUUCCACAGCAGUGCUUUUUAGAGGAAGGCCAAUGGAUGGAAAAGGUCUUCAAGCACAGAAACAAAUCAAGUGUUUGUAGAUCCCUAGCAAGCUCCAGAGUGACAGCAUUUCUUUUCCACUGACAGCAUGCUAUAAUUUAGUUGUCUUGAUAUGGGCAAGUGAUGUGAACACCAGAAAAUGGUGAAAACGCACAGUUGAUUGUGAACAAUGCAGAAAAACUUGGAUUUUCUCCUAAUGUUUGCAUAUACAAAUCCUAAUGGUCUAUGUUCUACAAACUCAGCUUUUAGAUAGCAGCCAUGUUGCUAUUGAUUACAUGUGUUGAUAGAAAAGACUGGGAUUUUUCAUGCUUGGUUACUUCUUUGCCAUUUGGAAGAAGAGAAAUACAGUCCUGGUUUGGAGGAAACACACCUGCACAGAAGAGUGGCUUUCCCUUCCCUUCCCUUCCCUUCCCUUCCCUUCCCUUCCCUUCC